AUUUACUUUUCAAGUUUCGAGAAACAACAAUCCCUUGAGGGGAGUUAUUAUUUGCCUGUCAUUUGUCACAAUUACUUGAUUCUUGAUUAAUUAACGUUAAUUACACGUAAAAAUAUAGAAUAUUCUUACUUGGAGUAGUUUAUAGAUUAUAAAUGAGAUAAAUUUUCACACAGAAGGGAGAUAAUGUACUUGGUUAACAUCGCCACAAUUUGUGUAGCCUUCCUGGGCAGCAUAAUAUGUCAAGUUACAAAUCAAGGACAAGACGCAGGACAAAAUUUUCCGACGGAGGGAAGAGGUUUCUUGACAGACGGCAUACUUUCAUCUGUCGAACGCAGUGUUCCAUUGCCCGACGGAAGACUUUCUGCAAUGGAACCAAGUGUACCUUUGCCAGACGGAAGGCUUUCAGCGUUGGAUCGGAGUGUACCCUUGCCCGACGGAAGGCUUUCUGCAAUUGAACACAGUGUUUCAGGAGUGGAUCGCAGUAUUUCAUUGCCCGACGGAAGGCUUUCAGGAGUAGAUCGCAGUGUUUCAUUGCCCGACGGAAGGCUUUCAGGAGUGGAUCGCAGUGUACCCUUGCCCGACGGAAGGCUUUCAGCUGUGGAACGGCAAGUUGGUACAGUUGACAGAAUUAAUUUAGCAGGAAAUGACAGAGGCGUUGCGAGCAGUACUAAUAUUGCUCAAGGGAUAAUUAAUGGCAGCAGAAUUCUCAGUGAUGGUCGUACCUCAGCUAUUGCCAGGGUGUUUUCAAGUCAUAGGGAAGACUACCAGUUAGUUCAUACGGAGUGUGAAAGGGCAGCUUGUUCUUACCCAAGUUUGUGUUACAUUCCCCACCCUACAGAUUGUUUUAAGUUUAUCAUGUGUCAACCUCUGGAGAACGGGAGAAUUAUGUCGCAGGCGAUGCCUUGUGCCUUUGGAACGAAAUGGAAACAAGGAUUCGAGCCAGCUUGUGACAGAUAUAACCUUGUAGAUUGUCCUAAUGACAAAUGUAAGAAUCCAAUGGUGAAGUCUUACUCCCACCAUGAUUCUAACUGCCGCACCCACUGGACGUGUGUGAACGGCAAAUCAAGACCUGCAUGCUGCGCCAGAUACCAUUCGUAUGAUGUUAACACGAACAAGUGUGUCAGUGAUAUCACCUGUGAUGCUGCGUGUCCCCUUCUUAAUGACGCAACAUGUGGUGCUCCCGGAGUACGUCUGGCAAAUUUUGCAGACGGCAACUGCCGGACACAUUGGGACUGUGAACAUGGUCACCCACACCCUGUAUGUUGUCCCGACGGUCAAGGUUUUGAUGUGUUCACAUCCCGGUGUGUUCCUGACCGGAACUGCAUACAUGAGUGUCCAAAAGAAUAUUCACGAUCCUGCUCUAUACCUGGAACACAAUCAUAUGAUCUGGUAGACAAGAACUGUCGAACAUACAUGAAGUGUAACAAAAAAGGACAAGCUGACCCUACAUGCUGUUUAAAUGGUCUAAUGUAUGACGUCACUCAAAGAAGAUGCAUUUCUGGUGUGGGUUCAACAUGUAUCAAUGCAAAAUGUCCGUUUGGCUACUUUGAAGAAUGUCGUCUGGAGGCAGUUCCUGGUAAUGCAUAUGUCUACAAGAAUCUUGAUGCUUAUGGUGGAAUGGAAAUGCCAUGUCCUGUAGGAACAAUAUUUAAUGCGACCGGAUGUCAAUGCUCCCCGGACCCUAUCCUGCUUGAACCAAGCCCUAGACCUACUUUUUGCACUAUAGACAUAGUGGCGAAAUUUCCUGACCUUAAAAACAAGGGUAGUGCUGUUGCCGCCUUGUUAAUGAUAGGAAAAUAUGGACAGGGUGAGACUGGUGUUGGCAACAUGAUUAAUUUCUGGGACGGCGGUGCUGGUAUUAAUAUACCAUUCUAUGGUUCACAAGUACUUAAUAAACUCUAUCUCGAGGCUCGUUUACAACCGACAGCAGGUUCACAAUUUAAACAAGUUUUCGCAACAAGUUGUAACUACGUUGACAGAGUGCCGACAUUCGAGGUGAACUUUGAUCAGUUUCAAGGUACAGGUGGGACACUUACAAUACUAGCAAGAACUGAUGGUUUACCAGGGUUUGCAGAGAUUUCCUUCCCUUAUAAUUUCAACGAUGAAUUUAUAUUAAGGGUGAUAUAUGAUGGUCAGAGAAUUGGUGCAUUCCUUGAUAGUACGGUGCCGAACAUGUCAAAUAGUGCUGCUCGUUCAUUAUCAGGAUUUAUACCAAUACAUAGAAGUGGACUGAGAUUUGCUCAUUGUAGAAAUAGAGACAAUAUGUCCGGUUUUAUUGGGCACGUGUCCGAAAUCAAGUUUGGUAAAUGUUUGACCAGAGAGAUGCACGAAGCUUUAAAUUCCAUUCCUGCCGUAGUUUAAAACACUUUGCUAACAUAAGCAGACUAUAUGCACACCUUUUGUACAAAUACGUUAUUUAAAUAUCGACAUGCGAGUGCAAUUAUUGGAACAUAUUAAUGUGUAACAUUUUAAAACAAAGGAUAUGGACGUCAGUGAACGCUAGAAGUUGAUCUUGUAAACUUUAUGUUUGUGUUGAUGUAAAUGUAUAUGGUUUCCUUUUAUGCAUUGCGAUUCUUUUUUCUAUUCUUUUUAACGAUUUGUACAUAAUGUUUUUAUUAUAAUGUAUUAAUUGUGAAUAUAUUAACUUGAAAACAA